UUGUGUUGAAGGAAGCCAUUACUGACGAAAACAAACAUUUCACUUUCCGAUAUAAAAUUAUUCUUUGAUUAAUUUUUCGUCUUUUAAUAAUAGAGAAAUAUAAAAACUAACAUCCAAAAUGACGAUGGCAAUGUUACAACGACGAGCCAAUGUGAGGCUACCUCCAGAAGUAAAUCGCGUGCUUUACAUACGGAAUUUGCCGUAUAAAAUUACGGCUGAAGAGAUGUAUGAUAUUUUUGGCAAAUACGGAGCUAUCAGACAAAUCAGAGUUGGAAACACAGCGGAGACUCGAGGAACUGCAUUUGUGGUUUACGAGGACAUAUUUGAUGCAAAAAAUGCAUGUGACCACUUGAGCGGAUUCAACGUAUGCAACAGAUAUUUAGUAGUAUUAUAUUACCAGAGCAAUAAAGCCUUUAAAAGGGUGGAUGUUGAUAAAAAGAUGGAAGAAAUAGAUAAAUUAAAAACUAAAUAUAAUCUCAAUGAAGAAAAGAAAUAAAAUAUAUAUUAAAUAAUUAA